GAGCUUCGUGCUGCCGAUACGCGCGGCGGUGGGCUUCUGUCUUGGGGGCCCUCUUGGGUAUCGCAGGCCAGCUCUGGGCCCUCUGGGAUUGUGUUCUUUGAAACAGGAGGCAAAUGGCAGCUCUGGUCCUGCCCGCUUAUCGCCGCUCAGGCUAGCAAGAAGUGCAGAGCAGAGUGAGAAAGCCGUGGUGCCCCCUUCUUCCUUAACUCUUUGCGGGGGACAAGAAUGAGAGACGAUGAACCAAAAAGACACGUGUGUGCAUCUGUUUGCUGGAGGAUGUGGGGGCACUGUUGGUGCAAUUCUGACAUGUCCACUAGAAGUUGUAAAAACGCGGUUGCAGUCUUCCUCAGUUACACUCUACAUCUCUGAAGUUCAUCUGAAUACUGUAAAUGGUGCCAGUGUUAAUCGUGUAACUAGAGUUUCCCCAGGGCCUCUCCAUUGUUUGAAGAUGAUCUUACAAAAGGAAGGCCCUCGUUCACUCUUCCGGGGACUAGGUCCUAACUUAGUAGGCGUGGCUCCAUCCAGGGCAAUAUAUUUUGCUGCUUACUCCAAUUGCAAGGAAAUGCUGAAUAAUAUUUUUGAGCCAGAUUCUACCCAAGUACACAUGACCUCAGCUGGAGUGGCAGGUUUUACUGCAAUUACAGCAACCAAUCCAAUUUGGCUUAUAAAGACACGAUUACAACUUGAUGCAAGGAAUCGUGGGGAAAAGCGGAUGAGUGCUUUUGAAUGUGUACGCAAAGUCUAUCAGUCAGAUGGAAUUAAAGGUUUUUACCGAGGAAUGUCUGCAUCCUACGCAGGCAUAUCGGAGACUGUUAUUCACUUUGUUAUUUAUGAGAGUAUUAAGCGAAGACUAUUGGAAUAUAAAUCUGCAUCUGCUAUGGAUGAGGAAGAUGAAUCUGUCAAAGAAGCAUCUGACUUUGUUGGCAUGAUGAUGGCUGCAGCCACUUCCAAAACCUGUGCCACAUCUAUAGCCUAUCCACAUGAGGUUGUACGAACAAGGCUACGAGAAGAAGGAACAAAGUACAGGUCUUUUUUCCAGACGUUAUCUUUGCUUGUACGAGAAGAAGGCUAUGGUUCUCUGUAUCGCGGCCUAACAACACACUUGAUUAGACAGAUACCAAACACAGCUAUAAUGAUGUCGACGUAUGAAGUGGUAGUCUACUUACUCAACGGAUAGCAAUACUACCCACUAUCUUUAGGAAGUUGGAAGACCAAACGCUUGCAGUGGACCAUGAACUCUGUUGUGGAAGGCAGGAGGAAAAAUCUACCAAGAAUAUGCAGCUGUGGACAAAAUGGAAGACAGAUGAUAGGCAAUCAUGCUCACUCGUGCUGCCUUCUCAUUCGGCAUCUUUUGCAAUGUGAUAAUCUGAAGCUGCUCCUAAGGGAUUGCCUUUAAAUGCCUCUUUAUUUCAAUUGCAAUUUUCUCCUGUUUUGUCAACUUUUCUAAUGCUAUGCAGUGAGCAUCAGGGACUUGGUUGUGAGCAAGGAGAGGUCAUAACAUGUGUUCUUGCUGCAAAGCAUGCAUCUCUUUUCAACUCUUGUUCAUUACUGCUUUCAAAUUCAUUUUCUGUUACUUCACAGUAACCAGUUGGAAGGGUGUGCCUGAGUCCGUUUAAAGCAGAUCCAUAAUCACUCAUGCCUGAAACUCCAUUUUGCAGUUUAAAAUAAAGUGAAAGAUGAAGAUUCACAUUAAGCUUCCCAGUUUACUACCUCAAGGGGUCUGACAGGGAAACCUGGGUUUUUCACUACAGCAAAGGUGGCCUUUAUUUGUAGAGAUGGGGAGGGCAGAUGGGGGAAAACUGUAUGGAGUUCUGAUUGCUUUAAUCUCAGACCCUGAUAUCAGUACUGCAGGGGCAUCUUAUUUUACCUGCUCUUAAUGAUUUUCUACCACAGAAAUAGAGAAGAACCUUAAGAAGAUCCACCUGAAAUGGAAUUCUCUUCUCUUGGGCCAUGUACAAUUUGUGCCCAUAAAUCCCAUUCGGGUUAAACACCCUAACUGUGUUAAGGAUCAUGGCCUUGUUGGGUAAGGCAAUCCUACCUACUAGCAAGGAAAACUGAAUGGGCUUGGUGUUUUGGAAGGAUCGGCAAACAGAAGGCAAGAUACCAAGUGCUCAGUCACUCAGCAUGAUGUUAGCUUUGAACAAGCUUCAUUUAAUAUCUGUGGCUUGUUCCUGAACUAAACUCAAACCUGCAUUAACUAGAGUAGCAAAACUCUACUAGAUUUGAAGAACGUGCAGGGUGCAUUUUUGCCAUGUGAAAAUCAAGUGCUAAUUUUGUCAUUUGGUAUUAACCAGAUAAGAGAGAGGAUACUAGAAUACGUUGGGUUUUCAGCAUCCCCUUUUAUUUUAUUCCUUGCUUCAUCCUGAAGCAUUUUGCGGAAGACUGUGUAAGUGGAACUUCCUACAUUUUCCAGAAUGUUUGACUUUGAAGCCUAUUUUAAAAUUUCUUAUACAGCAUGCUCUCUUAUAUUUUAAGAGCAGAUGUUUGCUUUCUCAUACAAGCUACAUUGUCAUUUUUUAAAAACGAAGCUACUUAUUCAAAGUAUUACAAAUAUUCUAUUUUAGUGUCCUAACAACAAAUACAUAAAAUCAUGCAUUUACCUUAACAUCUGUCCUGUGACUACAGUAUAGUAGCUGCUUUAAACAAACUUCCAUCCUAACUUGGCUGUAGCUUUCUAAUCAAAUGUUACUUUACUAGUAUAACAAGUAAUGACUCCAGGGGAAAAGGUUGUGAAUUUAUUAAUAUGCAUUUAGUGGUAUGACUUUAUCCUAAAAAUGUGGCUUUCUUGUACUUUUAUGACUUUAUUAUUGGCUUGUAACUGCUCCUUCUAGUCUUUUAGAACUCUGUCAUAGUUAAGUACUUUUAAUGGUGCACUCUUAUAUAUACUUAGAAGUAAGCCACACUGAGUUCAGUGGGCUUACUCCCAGGUUACUGUGUAUAGGAUUGCAGCCCAAAGCCUAUUGAUGUCAGUUGUGCUUAAAUCCUGCACCCCUACACUAGUAGGAUUUAGUGCUUCAUUCAAGCAUGCACCCUAUAUUUUGUUGCCAUAGCAUUGGAAAUCGCUUUCAGUUCAUGCAAAGGUCUUUAAAAAAACCAUAUGAUUUGAUUCCCCUGUGAGCUGUGCAGAAACUAGAUUUACGAGACUAUUUGGAAAUAAUGCUGGAACAUCUGAUGUGUAUGCAGUUACAAAAACUGUUUCUUCCUGGUCCUGUGUAUAUUAUACUCUAUUCUGUGGCAGAAAUCUCAACUAUAGACUUGCAACCUUUACAAGGAUGAUAGUGUUUAGUACUAUUUAAGGCCACUUUUGACGCACAAUGACCAUCUGCCAGAUAUUUUCAGUAGGGAGCAGACAAUAUGACUUACUUUCCUUAAUGUUAUAAGUGAUCUCAUUAUAGCCAGUACGUGCAUAUUGCUGUAACUUGGCAGAUAUAGUCACAUUGGUUCAAGGAUGAAUAUGAAAACCUAUUUAAACAAAGUAUUCCCCAACAACCUGUGUGUUGCGUUAGCUCCUUCCUACUUCUACAUAUUUGUAGCAAAUAUUUUACUGCUGGUAAUAAUGGCAAUUUGCAUGUAGGGCUUAAACCCUGUGUUGUGAAUGUGACCGCAUGCUAGUUCAUGCUGCUCAAUAGCUCCUACUGCCAGUGGGAGGGGCUAAACAACCCAGAGUUGGAACCCAGCAAACCAGAGUUUCAGAUUCAAACAUACUAACAAUCCAGGGAUGGAGCAUCCUUGGCUGGUUUAGCCAUUCCCUCUGGCAGGAGGAACCAAAUAGCGAACAAGCAGUGUAAACUAGUAUGCUGGCUUACAGCAACCCAGAUUUUUUUUUAUUUUAAAAAACCUCCAUUGUCAUGUGUGAACUAUGCCAAUGUGUAAGAAACUCCCAACUGUCUUACAGGAUAAUAUAAAGGCCAAAUUGUGUAAUGUAGUAUUUUGUAUGAAGCAGAGUUUCUAUUAUUUUUUCUACUUCUACACUCAACCAAGCCUUUUUUUUUUCAUUGUGCAAAAUGCUCUGAAAUCAAUGUGGUUGGACUCCAAUAGAAGUAAAUUGUCCAAAGGGAUUAGACUCUAGACUUAUUUUUAGACUAUCUUAAAAUCUAGUUUAUUGAAAUUGUGAUAGCUCCUAAGUCUAUCACGUUCUUCACUUCCAAAAAUUGUUUCUAUGGGUAUCUCUCUGCAUAGAGACUUUGCAAUUUUAAGCAUUCAUACAAAACCAUGAAUCCACACUUUUUGUUCAGUUCCAAAGUAAAUGAAAUGCUCAAUAUGUGGCAUGGGCUUAAUGGAGAUGUUGUACUAUUACUGGGAGCUUUAUUUUAGUUAGGUGUACAUGGGUUAAAUGUGGGGCAUUGUUUUACCAAGCUAGGAGAGGGGUGUGUGAUGAAGUGAGCAAUUUGUCCCGAACCUUUCUGCUAUCACCAUUAUGUUUCACUUAUGCUUUGAUCCUUAUAGAAGUUAAAUAAGAGUCCAUAGGAAACCUACUCUCCUAAAGGAAGUAAGAGAGGUUGAUGGCUUUUGGUUUAGCUGCCAUCCUGACCAUCCAGGACCUUGUCCCCCAGACGUGCCCACGAAACAGUGGGUUCUAUGGCAUCUCCCAUAAUUCCCUCCAUUGACUACAGUGGGAGGGAUGAAGAAAAAACUGCCCCUCACCCCCUGCCCUGCUUGCAGUGAAAAGGAUGUGGCUAUUCUGCCAGCAAAUAUCUUUUCCCUUCUCCCUGCCCCUAUGAAUAAAGAGUAUGAUGGUUCUUCCUGGAUCAGAUUAUGCAAUCUGGUAUAUUUCUAUCUUUAACAGCUGGAGAUAGGUGAAUAGCUUUCCCUUAUUAAUAUUUUACUGGGGCUUUUCAAUCUUCACAUCUGGUUUUUAGGUUCUCAUGAGAUAAAAAAAUAGGUGUUAAUUAUUUAACCAUUUAUGUAUUUUUAAAAAGACUUUUGGAUACCUCAGAACUGUUUCCCAAAGAGACUGAGCUUUCCUUGUAUAUGAAGACAUGGAAAUUAUUGAAAUAUUUUCUCAAUGAUGGAAAGUGGGGAGAAGCUUUAAUGUAAUGCAAGGAGAAUUAGUUCCUAAAUUGUGAUAUGGCUAUAUUCCUACGCAAAAUGUAUCUUUAUGAUACAGUGGAUUUAAACCACAACUCCUUAUCAAUUCAGUAGUUGAGAACUACUUCAUAUACACCCCAUUUGCACACUAUAACUGUUACCUUGCUCUAUUCUCCUUGAAACAAUGACUAAGUUUUAAGUAAUAGUAUGUAUACAGUAAGCUUGUCCAGAAGGUGGCACUAUAGUGCAUGCCAAAGUAGAAAAGAUUAUCUUUAAAAGUGAUAUCUGGUGUGUCAAUCUGUUUCCUUAAGUGUUUUGCACUUAACAUUGGGUUUAGUGCCGUAUACAUCAUGGGAACAAGCCAUAGUAAAUUCCCUUUAACACUCAGCUCUGUAUUUUCUAUUUUAGUUCCUGUAUUUAAAAUUCCACAUACAAAUACCAUUAAAACAAAGAAUACAUAUUGCACAUAUGUAACUGAAAGUUCUACUUCAAGGUAAACUGUGAUUUCUUCUUGAAUUUUUAUAAGCAAGCUUUGAUCUUAGGUACACACAAGUGAUUUGACUAAGACUUUUCAGUUUUAAACAAUGAACACCUAACACUGUUUUGCCAUGUUAGGACACCAAUAUAAAAUAUUAUUUGGGGUAAAUCCUAUUGGCCUGGUUCGCAUGUAAUGACAACCCAGAGUAUGGAUUGAGUGUGGGUGGUUGUUCUGUCACUACGUGCAAGCCCUGCACUAUGGUUGAAUUAUAGGUUAACCACAACCCAGGGUUCAUAACCCAACAACAAACCUUGGAUUCUCUUUCUGGGUUGUUCAUGGUUAACAACCCACCAUUAAACCAUAGUGUAGGAGUUGCAUGUAACAACACAUGAUUGAAUGUCAACCCUUACUCUGGAUUGUCAUUACAUGCAAACCAGGCCUUUUUGUUAUCCAGAGAUUUUCUUACAAGUAAGUCUCUGGGAUUGUAAUCUGAGGCUGGGAUCCAGAGAACUAAAUUAGACAUACCCAAUGGUAUAUUUGAUCCUCUCCCCUUGACAAGCAGGCUGCCAUGACCCAUUGCAUGCUGCUUUUGGGAUUCUUCUAGUGCGAAAGUGUGCUAUAGGGACCUGUUUCUGAGAAACACCAAAUCAGAACCUGCUUGGGCAUGUGGAAGUUAGCUAUAUGUGUCUCUGGAUCCCAGCCCAGUAUUGAAGUAUGAUGUUCUCCAUGCAUUUCCUUGAAUCUAAGAUGUCAUUUGUUUCUGUUUCUAUUGUGUGGGUUUUUUGUUUUUUAAAAUUGUUCUUCCAGAUAUCUUCAGGUCUCACUCCUGCAUCUGAGACUCUUUCCUUUUUAUCGUGUUUCUUUUUAAAUUCUGGAAACAAGCAGAACACUGAUGUGUGCCUAUAUGAAUGCACUACUUUAAAACACAAAUACAUAUCUGUUAAUACAAAGACCAGAAGUUAUGUACAGUUUCAGUUUUAUUUCUGCAUACCCUGUAUAUGUGAACAUACUUUGCCCUAGGAGUCAUUCUUGUUAUUCACUAAGUCCAGAAUUCUACUGCUCUUGUGAGGUUUGCUGUAGUUCUUGCAUACCAUGUAGUUGGCUGUCAAUGAUGUGCUUUAAAUACUUUUUUUGUAUUUAUAUUAUAUUGACAACAUUUUGUUUGGACUGCUCAAAAACUUCAAAAUAAAAUAAAAUGUGUUUAUUCAAA